GCGCGUUAGGGCCCGCCUGAACGAGUAGUGUCCGGUAGGCGCAGAGCGAUUGAGACUACGUAAUGGCUAAGAUCUACAGGAACCCCGUGCUGGAGCAUUGUUGCAUGUUUUGCGAUGCAUCAACACUGUACCGGGGCACAUUUGUGUGGUAAUUGGAGUGUGUGAGCUGUACUGGGAGCCAUGGAAAAGGAGGGCAGCAUCCAGCUGGAGGUCCCAGAUUUCAGCAGCUCCGUGCUGGCACAGCUCAAUCAGUUGCGGAUGCAGGGUCGCCUCUGUGACAUCGUAGUUGACAUCCAGGGGAAGUCCUUCCGUGCCCACAAGGCCGUGCUGGCUGCUAGUUCGCCCUACUUCCGUGAUCACAUGUCCCUGGGUGAGAUGAGUGCUGUUUCCAUCUCGGUUAUCAAAAGCCCGGCAGUGUUUGAGCGCCUGCUGGCAUUCUGCUACACAGGCAAAUUAUGCCUGCAGGUGGCCGACAUUAUAAGCUACCUAACAGCAGCUAGCUUCCUCCAGAUGCAGUACAUCAUCGACAAGUGCACGCAGAUCCUGGACGGCAUCCACUUCCGCAUUGACAUCUCCGAGGUGGAGGCAGGGCUGAGCCAGGAUGGAUCAAAACGCUUGGGCCAGCCUCGUGGUGGGGGCAGUGUUCUCCCCCCAAACCCACGGCGAAGGCGGAUACCCUCAAACUACGCAGGGGGUGCAACGCAUGGGAGCCCAUUGCCUGAUGACUUGGGUGGUGAGGGUGGCAAUGACGAGAGGCUGGUGCGCAUUGAUCGAGUGGGCCAAUGGUAUGUGGAGACUGGUGUCAGCAGAGAUCGCAGCCCAGAAACAAUCAGGCAGAUCAGCAGCAUGCGGAUCAAGACCGAGACUCCAGAUGAGUGGAUUGUGUCGGAAAACCAGCCAUCUGGGGAGGAUGGCAGUAGUGCAGAGGAGGUGACAGCCAUGGUGAUUGACAGCACUGGACACAGCACUCUGGUCCAGGAUACCUUUCACACCACGGCAUCGAGCGGCAAGACCUCCAGACCCUCCAGCAGCUUCAGUGAGAUGGACAGAUUUAGCCCAUCAGGCAGCGUAGUUUGCACCGUGUCAGAGCGUCACAGAGCGAGGAGUGAGUCUCCGGGCAAAAUUGAAGAGCAGAAGCAGUCCAAUGCACAGACUGGUGACAUCCCAAUUUUUGGUGCCACUGGCUAUGAAGAGUAUCUCCGGGACCAAGAAGUGGCUGAGCGCUGGUACCGUUACAAUCCUCGACUAACGUGCCUGUACUGCGGCAAGUCUUUUAACCAGAAGGGGAGUCUGGACCGCCACAUGCGGUUGCACAUGGGCAUAACGCCUUUUGUGUGCCGGAUCUGUGGGAAAAAGUACACCCGCAAAGACCAGUUGGAAUAUCACAUACGCAAGCACACUGGGAAUAAGCCCUUCCACUGCCAUGUGUGUGGCAAGAGCUUCCCAUUCCAGGCCAUUUUAAACCAGCACUUCAAAAAGAACCAUCCUGGUUGCACAUUACUGGAAGGGCUGCACAGUAUCUCACCAGAGACCACUUCCAAGGGACAGAACGGACAACAGUCACCACUUCAGGACCAGCCAAAAGCAGUGGGUGAACUAAUUCACACUUCCAUCUCAACUACGGGGCCUGACUGACUGCACUGGGGGAGGAUGUCUGUGUGAGAGACUCUGGGACCCUGUUUUUCUUUAGAAUGGACGAUUUCAUUUGGAUUUAGAACUAUUUAUACCAAGGGUUUUUUUUUUCUUUAGGAAAGGAAGAUGAAGCCUCCCAGUUGCAAGGUUGCUGAAAUUCACUAUCAACCAUUUCUUUUCAAUAUCUUGACAUUUCCCUGCCUUAUAAAAGAAACAAGAAAGGGAUUGUUGAGUGUAUAAAGACAAGGAGUGGUGAGGAGAAAGUACCCUGGAUAUUAGUAGAGUGAGUAGUUAAUAUUGAAUGACCAGAUCCAAUAAAAAGUAUUUUGCUGUAUGGAUCACUCUUAGGGUAGUUAGCAAGCAGUUGGAGGCCCCUCCUGAGCUCUUUCCUCAAUAGGUCCUGGGUAGAUCCAGAGCUGUAUCUUUGAAACUGUAGAAGUGACUUAUUCAGAGCUGUCACUGUCUAGAAAGGACAACAUAAAAGAAAUCAAGGUUUUCAGGAAAGAUGUGACUGUUCAGGCAGAUUGGGGAUUAAAAAUCAUGGCAGAGUGGCAAUGGGUCUGGAGUGGAACAUCUUAGUUAAUUCCUCAAUGUGACGUGAUCUGUGUGGCAAAUGGAAAACCCUGUGGUUCUGUACAUUUCUAUAAAUGACUAACAAAUGUGGUUUAAUCCAUAGAUAGUGCUUAAAAGAAAUGGGGAUACUGCAAGUGAAUGUAGGGCCCUGGUUUGACAGUAGAUUUACAGUUGAGUGGAUUUGUGUGUGUAAUGUUUCUCAUAUUGUAUGUGUCUUUUAACAUGAGAGAUCCUAUUCAGGAAUGAAAGUCUAUCAUAGUAUAUUAUCUACCUAAAAUGCCUCCUAUGAACUUUCUAAUGAAGCAUUUCUGUGUGAGCUUGUAAAGCUGUUUUUAUCAAAAAUGGAUAGAGGAAAUGUACAGAACACAGAAUGUUCCAUAAUUUAUAACAUUCCUAGAAUAAGUUAAUGAAGUUAUUAAUCCCUUGAUUUAGUGCAGAAAUGCUUCUGAAGAAUAUGUUAGAGGAAUGGGACAGGGAUUGCAACAUAUGGGUAUCAAAUGCUUCAACUUGCCCUUCUUGUGCACCCUAUGUCUCUAACAAGGUGCUCCACUGUGAUACUAUUGAAAUCUGGUUCUCUCUCUUAUUCAUGCUGCAGAUUUUUUUGUUUUACUCUCAACUGAUACUGCUUACUUUUCUGUGGUAAUGAUUUCAGCUUAAUGGAUGGUGGAAAAUGCACUAUUGAUGAGGAGAAAACAGAUGAUGACUAAAAAAAUUGACAGGUACAGGGAAAGAGAUAGUGGAGUUCCUGAGCAAUAUUAGAGUUGGGUCAUUUUAUUGUGAUAUGUUCCAACAGAAAAGAGUGAAUUCUCUUUCUCAAUGGGAGUAUGAAGGGCAACUUUUUCACCCACAGGGUGGUCUGUAUCUGGAACAAGCUUCCAGACAAAGUGAUUGAAGCCGUUACAUUAAAACUAUUUAAAAGACCGUGCAAGAGUCUUAGACAUAUAUAGCUAGGAUGCCUAAAACCUUUGCACGGUACCUUAUUUGUCAGUGUGGAGCAGAGAGCAAGUUUGUAAAUGUGGGAGCAAAGGAUGUUGGGAAUGGUGAUGGUGGAGAGCUAUGGAUAGGGAGUGGGCAAAUGGCGGAAAAGGAGUGGUGAGGGGGGUUUGGCGUGGGUACAGACACACUCAACCCUGAGUCACCAGGCAAAGUCAUUUGAUUAUAAACAAUUGAUUUAUUGAUCAUUACAGAAUGUCUCUCUGGUGCUUCCCGCUUCCUCCCCUCUCCCUGACCCUUUUCCCAAUUAUGAUUUCCCCCUCCCUGACCCCUUCCCACUCUCAGUCCACAAUAGAGACCCACAUCAGAAUCAGGUUUAUCAUCACUCACAUAUGUCAUGAAAUUUGCCUUUUUUUGUGUGGCAGCAGUACUGUGCAAUACAUAAAAUUACCACAGUACUCUGCAGAAAUCUUAGGCACCCUAACUAUAUAUGUGUGCCUAAGACUUUUGUACAGUACUGUGCAUGGAUAGGAAAGUUUCAUUUAGAGGGAUAUGUGCUAAACAUGGCAAUCAGCCUGGCUUAGAUGGGAAUCUUGGUCAGCAUGGACCAUUUAAGCCAAAGGGCCCUUUUCCAUGCUGUAUGACUCAAUUAUAAAACUUGAGGCUCAGGGCCAAAUGGAUCAUUUCAAAACUGAGGUUGAAAAUUUUUUUUGUCAUACAAGGGUAUUAAUGAGAUAGGAGUUGUUAUAGGGAGUUAGAAGACAGAUUAGCAAUGCUUUAACUGAAUGAAAGAAGUUGCUCAAUGGACUGAGUAGUUUCUUUCUGUUCCAAUGGCUUCGACCAGCCAGGAUCAUAAGUCUUGCUGAAGAGCUGCAUUAAUUAGAGCUGUUGUUAUACUCAGGGUGUGAAUAUUUAAACUAAUAAUUAGCUUUGUAACUAGCUCUGGAACUAGUCAGGACAAAUGAAAAGUGUUUGGAUUGAACAUGGCAUGGAAUGAAUCAAGCAGUGAUCAGGGGCCACUAAGUUUGUUAAGGAGUUUUGAUUUACUCUUCCUGGAAUAGUGAGUGUACAGAAAAUUGCAUUUAAUGAAGAACAAGUGGAACUGUAGUUAAAAUAAGGGUGGUGUAUGUUUGUGCUGCGAACAAAUGGAGGAUAAACAUAAUCCAUUCUUUCCAAGCAACACACAUCAAAGUUGCUGGUGAACGCAGCAGGCCAGGCAGUAUCUCUAGGAAGAGGUACAGUCAACGUUUCAGGCCGAGACAUGAUUUCCAAAAAUCCAUCCACCCUGACUAAUUCCUCAUAUUGUCUUAGAUUCUGUCUAAGCCACUAACCCUGCCAAUGAAUUCCAUGAAAUCCAAGGGGCCCAGUAUUAUUCAGGCCCAAUUCCUUCAGUAAUUAACUCACUCAGUGACUGAAACAUGCAUAAACAAUUACCUCUUGCUGUCUGCACUGAUCUAGUGUUUAAUGCAAUUUGUUCCUCUUCUCUUGGACCCCAAAGGUUUUGCUUUCUUCAUUCAUUUAGAACCUCACCUUUCCUUUCAACAAAAAAAAUGUUGCCAGUGUUUAAUUAACCUGUGCCUUCUUAAAAUGCUGGUUUGUGCAUUUUCCCAACGUCUUUCCUCCACUGCUGUCAGACUUCUUGGUCUGACGACACUCAGUCUUACCAUAUCACAGAGAGAUACAGGAUGAAAACAAGCCCUUAGCUGACUGAGACUAUCAAGCACCCAUUUUUACACUAAUCUGGCAGUGAUCCUAUUUUAUCCUGAAAAGCUGAGGGAACCACCACGAUCUGGAGGUUACCCUCUAAGCCGCACACCAUCAUAACUUGGAAAUAUAUCAUGGUUCCUUCACUAUCACUGGGUCAGCCUCCAUCCUCGACACAACUGUGGGUUUACCCACACCUCAAAGUCUACAGUGGCAUAAGGGCAUCAUGAUUGAAGCAAUUAAAUGCUAGUUCAGACUGUGAAGCCUGCAUCCUUAAAACAAAUAUUUAAAAAACAUUCACAUCAAUUCCACGCAGAUCUAACCUUCACUUACACUCCUAGGGUACUUUACAGCAGCUAGUUCACCUACUAUAAUCACACCUUUGGGAUGUGAGAGGAAAUCUGAGGGGAGAAAUCCAAGGGCAGAGGGGGACAGCACCCACAGCCAGGAUUGAACCUGGAUUCCAAGUGCUGUAAGGCAGCAGUUUUACUGAGUGCACCACUGUGGCUCUUUGUUGAAACAUUGGUACCAUAUUAUCUGUCUUCUAUUGUUCUCACCUGUUGGUGAACAAUCCUGUGUUAUUUCCUGUCUUCUUUUUCACAGCCUGGGAUACACUUUAUGUGGAGCUGGUAUUUUAUUCGCUCUCAAAGCUGCUUACAUCAUUUGUUCUGUUUAUCAUUUCUAUUAUGUCACAUUCAAAGUUCAAAGUAAAUUUAUUAUCAAAGUACAUAUGUGUCACCAUAUACAAUCCUGAGAAUCAUUUUCUUGCAAGCAUACUCAAUAAAUACAUAAUAGGAUAAUAACCAAAAUAGAAUCAAUGAAAGAUCGCACCAAAUUGGGUGUUCAAACAGUGUUCAAAAUACAACAAACUGUGCAAGUACAAAAGGAAAAAUAUAAUUAUAAUGAAUAAGCAAUAAAUAUCAAGAACAUGAGAUGAAGAGUCCUCAAAAGUGAGUCCAUUGAUUGUGGGAACAUUUCAGCGAUGGGGCAAGUAAAGUUUGGUUUUAGAGCCUGAUGGUUGAGGGGUAGUAACUAUUCCUGAACCUGGAGAUUUAAGUCCUGGGACUCCUGUGCCUUCUUCCUGAUGGCAGCAGUGAGAAGAGAGCAUGACCUGGGUGGUGGAGUUCCCCCAAUGAUGGAUGUUGCUUUCCUGCGACAGUGCUUCCUGUAGAUGUGCUCAAUGGUGGAGAGGGCUUUACCCGUGAUGUACUGGGCCAUAUCCACUACUUUUUGUUGGAUUUUCCAUUCAAGUGCGUUGGUGUUUCCAUACCAGACUGUGGUAUAACCAGUAUACUCUCCACUACACAUUCAAAGAGGUUUGUCGAAAUUUUAGAUGUCGUGCCGAAUCUUCACAAACUUCUUAGGAAGUAGAGGCAUUGCUGUGCUUUCUUCACAAUUGCAUUUACAUGCUGGGCCCAAGACAGGUUCUCUGAAAUUAUAAGACUGAGGAAUUUAAAGUUACUGACUCUCUCCACCUCUGAUCUUCUGACGAGGACUGGCUCAUGGACUUCUGGUGUCCACUUCCUGAAAUCAAUAAUCAGCUGCUUGGUCUUUCUGACACUGAGUGAGAGGUUGUUCUUCUUCCUCAGUUUCAAUGUUCUCAUCAAACAGUGUUCUGAGAAGAAGGUUCAUUAGAACUUGACACUCCCCCUCCUCGCUUACUUUAUUGUUUCAUAAUAUCUCCCUGUCUUCCUUUUUAAUUAUCUUUCCCUUUUUGUACUUCCAGAACAUUUCAAGUUUUCUUUGGUUUUACCAUAACCCUUCUAGUGUCCCUUUUAAAUUCCACCCCUUCACCUUCUACUCUACUUCCCUUCUAAGUGUUGAGCUCUCAGUAUAUAAAGCCUCUCUUGUAGCUCUAUUCUACUAUAUAUUUCCUCGACAUUUAUGGAAUUUGGAACUCUCACUUUUACAUGGUUAUUUACUGAGUAAAAUUGGGCCAUCCCUAAUUUUACUCUGCUUUGUGCUCUUGUUGCUGUUCACAUGCCCAGUGCAUUCCAGGAAAGUGCAGUUCUGCUUCUCCCCCUUGCUAGACUUGGUGUCAAAUACAUUCCUGAGAAAUAUUUUCACAAUUUUGCUACUCCUCUGACAUUGCCCCAGUUACUGUUAAGUUAGUUGAAUUUCCCAGCUACCUUUGCCUUGUUAUCUCUGCACUCUUAAUAAAUUUAUCUAUAUUCAUUCUACUCUCUCUCUCCCUCUUCCUCUUCCCCAGAAAUGUGAUUCCCUCUUUCUAAUGGUGAGUUCAUCCUGUAUCUCAUUUACUGCGCUCUUCAUAUAUUGACUCUCUUUCCCCCUAAAUCCAUAUCAUCAUCAAAGCCCACAGGAGUGGUCUGGGAACAGAACUUCCCACAAAAACACACUAAGAAGUUGCUGUUUCCUUCCCUUGAAGCAGUCCCAACAUGCAAUAAUUUCUUCAUGUUUGCUUGCAGACGUUAGCAACCCUGAAGUUGCACCCCAUUAGCUCAGUUCCCCCUUUUAAAAGAUGCUGUGUGGUCACCUAGCAGAUAGAAUCUCCCUCCCUCACACACACACACAAACUCAGCAUAAAUCUAAAGCUCAUCCCACAGAUCCUGGGACUUAACCCAAACAAAGUUAACAAAAAUUGUACUUUUAUUUUUCAUGGUAUUGUAUAAUUUUCCUCCUGUCCAAAGUAUUCUUAGUAAAGACCACUUCAAAAUAUGCGUUGGAUAUAACAUCUACCAUUUUAUAGCCUACAAAAAUAACAGGUCACUUUUUUGGCGGUGGAGAUCAAAGCUGUGUUUAAAACAAAAGAAUAGAAAAUUUGGACCCGAGGUUAAACAAGGGAGAGGGGAAAGGUGUGCAUGUUGGUGCUAAUAGUACAAGAGCUGAUUGGACCUAAGAUUUUAAUUGAGGGAGAGAAGGUUAGGCUUACAUUUUAAUUAGUGAGGAGGAGCUUGGGUGUGAAAUUAUAACAGGUAAAUUGUUUAGCAUUUUAACUUAUCAAAGCUCUAAUACAGCUGAUGAUUCUCUGACAUGUAAUUUAUUUGUAUAUCUCCAUCCGCCAGUAUUUUCUGGUCUAUGUUUAGUCGUUCCUUGUGAGAAAAUAUUUCCUAUAUCUGGGAGUCUAAGACCAGAGGACACAGCUUUAAAAUAGAGAGAUGUCCAUUUAGAACAGAGUUGAGGAAGAAUUUCUUUAGCCAGCGAAUGGUGAAUCUGUGGAAUUUGUUGCCACAGGCAUCUGUGGAGGCCAAGUCUUUAUGUAUAUUUAAGGCAGAGGUUGGUUGAUUCUUGAUUAGUCAGGGCAUGAGGGGAUAUGGGGGGGAAGGCUGAAGAUUGGGCUGAGAGGGAAAUUAAUCAGUCAUGAUGAAAUGGUGGAGCAGACUUGAUGGGCUAAAUUGCCUAAUCCUGCUCCUAUAUCGUAUCAUCUUAUGUUGAAAUUGAUCCAUUUUCCAUUUUAGAAACUGAUCUUCCUUUGAGUCCCUUUCUAAGUCCCUGAACAUAAUUAUGAAACUGAAGCUAAAGCAAGAGCUGGCUGAGGUGUGACAGCAAGUAAUUUGUUAAUAACUCAAGGCAACUGUUGAAAACUUGUGAACAUUUGUCACUACCAUUUCCAGCAAGUAGGCAAAGAACAGGAGGAAAAUAAACUGAUUCUAGAGAAUUGUAUCUACUGUACUGUGUUUGUUUUGAAGUGUUUCAUUUGUCUAUUCUCUCCAUGCUGGGGAAUCAGGAAACCUGGCCCCUGUCACUUGGAAUACCACCCGUACCAUCACUUGCUGAUAGAACAAACAAUUCAAGAACCAUUCCUAAUGUCACAGCAGGUUCAACAGUAUUUUAAUGGUUAUGAACUGUUCUGAGGGCAUCAAGGGUACAGCUUCAAGAGAAUGGGGGGCCCUGAUGAAUUUGGUACAAGUUCAUUCCAUACAUAAAUACAUUGAGGUAUACAGAAAAGGAAAAUAGCAUGCAGAAUAUAAUAAUAAUAAUCUUUAUUUAUAUAGUACCAUAC